UACCAGGCCUCUCUGCGCAUGCUCCGCCUCGGGGCGCCUACCCUGCAUUUUCUCGCCGGGCUGCGGAUCGGGUGUUAGGACUGUAGUUGAUGCUCCGGUCCGGAAUCAUGGGUGUUCCCGUCCGAGUCGUCUAUUGUGGCGCUUGAGGCUACAAGUCCAAGUAUCUUCAGCUUAAGAAGAAGUUAGAAGAUGAGUUCCCUGGACACCUGGACAUCUGCGGCGAGGGGACGCCCCAGGUCACCGGUUUCUUUGAAGUGUUGGUAGCGGGGAAGUUGGUUCACUCCAAGAAGGGAGGUGAUGGCUAUGUGGACACGGAGAGCAAGUUUCUGAAGCUGGUGGCCGCCAUCAAAGCUGCUUUGGCUCAGGCCUGAUGGGCCCUGAAGGCAGAGUCCAGUGACCUUGGCCCAGCCCCUCUCGGCAGACGCUUCAUGACAGGAAGGACUGAAAUGUCUCUUGGACGCCUGGUCCUUCCCUGAUGUUCUCGUGGCUGCCGGUUGGGGUAGAGAUGGACGCCCCUGGUCUUUGCCUGUGUGUGUGGGAGUGUGCGUGUGUCCCCGGGAGUCUAACUUGGCACGCUGGUCCUGCUUCUUCCUUCCUUUCCCCCCCUGUCCCUCAUCUCCCUGCACCCCCCCAUGUCUUCCUUCUACCCUCUGGUGUUUGGGGUGGUCCUGCUCCAGGCUUCCUUUUCAAGCGGAAGCCGAGAGCGGCAUCAGGAUGAGUGAGUCUCACAUUUCAGCAGUGAUUGCAACGGUUCACAACUCAAUAAAUGUUGACGAGGUUAACAAACUG